AUGGCGCAGUCGUUCCUGUCGCGGGCCGCAUCCAGCACCCACGCUCAGUUCGCAGCCACAGCUCUCGUGUCCGGCGCCGUGGUCGCCGGCGCAAUCAUCGGCUACCAGCAGCUGGCGCGGGAGGAGCGGGUGUCGCGCCUGAAGAGCUCAAUCCCUGCUCUGGAGGACGACAGGAACAGCGCACAGCUUACAAGCUUCGGCACCCUCGUACCGCCGACCGACGAAGACCAGCGGGACGAGGCCCUCGCGAAGCGUGCGCAGGCCGGCGACUACGAUGACGAUCUGAUACUGGAGCAGCUGGCGCGGAACAGGGUCUUCCUGAAGCCCGAGGGCCUGGACAAGCUCCGCAAGGCCUUCAUCAUCGUCGUGGGCUGCGGCGGCGUCGGCUCGCACUGCACUACGGCGCUCGCGCGGUCUGGCGUCUCGCGGCUGCGCCUCAUCGACUUUGACCAGGUCUCGCUCAGCUCGCUCAACCGGCAUGCCGUCGCCACGCUGGCCGACGUCGGCUCGCCCAAGGUGCAGUGCCUGCAGAAGCGCCUGCUCGCCGUGGCGCCCUGGGUGCACUUUGACAUGCGGAUACACAAGUUCGACGGCGCCAGCGCCGAGGGCCUCCUCGGGCCCUGGUCUGACGGGCAGAAGCCCGACUUCGUCGUGGACGCCAUCGACAACAUCGACACCAAGGUGGCGCUGCUCAAGUACUGCCACGACAACAAGGUGCCCGUCAUCUCGGCCAUGGGCGCGGGCACCAAGAGCGACCCUACAAAGGUCACAGUCGGCGACAUCAGCGUCGGCACCGACGACUCACUUUCGAGGGCGACCCGGAGGCGGCUGAAGCUACUGGGGGUCACGAGCGGCAUCCCCACGGUCUUCUCGACCGAGAAGACGGGCGAGGGCAAGGCCGAGCUGCUGCCGCUGCCCGAGGAGCAGUUCCAGAAGGGCAAGAUUGGGGAGCUCGGCCCCCUGGCCGACUUCCGGGUGCGCAUCCUCCCCGUGCUGGGCACCAUGCCCGCCGUCUUUGGCUACGUGGCCGCCAACCACGUCAUCCUCAGCGUCACGGGCUACCCGCUCGACUACGCCGCGGGCAAGGGCCGUGAGAAGCUCUAUGACCAGCUCCUCGCCGGCGUCCAGAGCACCGAGCAGAAGAUUGCCCGCGCCCAGAACCCCGAUGACCCCGAUGUCGCCGUCGGCCUCAAGGUGCCCAUCACGGCCGGCGACGUCGCCUUUCUGGCCGAGGACAUCUUCCAGGGCCGGAGCGCCAUCACGCACAUCCCCACGCGCCUGAGCCUGAUAAGGUGGAGCCGGCCGCGGGAGGCCAUGCUGCUGCGGCUGGGCGAGGGCGCCGACGAGCAAAAGUCGGCCAAGCUCCGGCUGUCGGAUCUGGUCUGCAUGACCAAGAACGAGGCGGUGAUCCACCUCAAGGAGGUUCUGCUAGGCAGCAAGUCAUUGGAAGACUUGUACGAUGCAGAGACUAUAGAACGCGUCGAGCGCCGGCUCAAAGAGGCCGAGGCCUUUGAGAAAUAUAGGUGA